ACUGGCCGCUGGAGUGCGCAUGCGGGCGGCUCGCGCAGGCCCGGCAGUUGCAGCCGUCGCUCCAGCCCCUUCUGUCCUCUGCCACGUACGGGCGGCGGCGGCGGCGGCGGCCGCGCCCGGGCUCCGACUCGGACUGGGCCGGGGCAGGGGUCGUCCACCGGCGGGACCGCGGAGAAACCAGACUUCCUGUUUUCUGGCACUGACAGUGCAUGGCGGCUUAUUCUGACUCAGUUCCGAAGUGAGGUGGAAAAUCUGUCCAAUAAUCCAGUAUCAGUAAGACAGACAAGAUCUAUUGUUUUGGCCCUGUCCAAAACAGUGAAGAAAGAAGCGGACAUUUGACUAGCUAUCUAGAUGUCUGCAGGCGAUAAGGAAUUCACCAUGAAUGGGCAGCUGGAUUUAAGUGGGAAGCUGAUCAUCAAAGCUCAGCUUGGGGAAGAUAUUAGGAGAAUUCCUAUUCAUAAUGAAGAUAUCACCUAUGAUGAAUUGGUGCUAAUGAUGCAGAGAGUUUUUAGAGGAAAACUUCUGAGCAAUGAUGAAGUCACAAUAAAAUACAAAGAUGAAGAUGGAGAUCUUAUAACAAUUUUUGAUAGCUCAGAUCUUUCCUUUGCAAUUCAAUGCAGUAGGAUACUUAAGCUGACAUUGUUUGUGAAUGGACAGCCAAGACCCUUAGAAUCUAAUCAGGUGAAAUACCUGCGUCGAGAGCUGAUAGAACUUCGCAAUAAAGUCAAUCGUUUACUGGACUGUUUAGAACCACCAGCUGAACCAGGGCUUUCCACUAACCUGCCUGACAGUGAUGCUGUAGAUGGGAGGGAAGACAAGCCUACUGCUGCUGAUUCUAGUGUUAAGCCAUCUACUCAAGUCAUAGCAGCAAGCAUGUCUGCAUUUGAUCCACUGAAGAACCAGGAUGAAAUCAGCAAGAAUGUCAUGUCAGCGUUUGGCUUAACAGAUGAUCAGGUGUCAGGACCACCCAGUGCCCCUGCAGAAGAGCGAUCAGGAACACCGGACAGCAUCGCUUCCUCCUCUUCUGCAGCCCACCCGCCUGGGGUUCAGGCACAGCAGCCAGCCUACCCUGGCACACAGCCACAGACUGGUCAGGUGGAAGGUCAGAUGUAUCAGCAGUACCAACAGCCUGGUUACCCUGCUCAGCAGCCGCAGGCUCAGCCUCAGCAGCAGUACGGUAUGCAGUACCCAGCAGGCUACAGCCAGCAGCAGCCCCCCUCGCAGCAAGCCCAGCAGUUCCCGGCCUACACCCAGCCCGCGGCCCCGGCCCCGGCUCCGGCCCCGGCCGCUGCCGCCUUCCCGGGCCCGGCGCAGCAGGUGCCGGCGGCGGCGCCGGCGGCGCAGUUCGCGGGGGGCAGUUACCCGCCGCAGGCCUACGGCUCCGCGCCGCCCGCACAGCCCGGGCCUUACGGAGGCGGCGGCCCCGGCGCCCAGGCGGCGGCCGGCACCUACCAGCCGCGGCCCGGCUUCAGCCCCUCGCCCAGCGGGCCCAACCCCUAUGCCCGCAGCCGGCCGCCCUUUGGCCCCCAGGGCUAUGCCCAGCCUGGACCUGGCUACCGGUAAGGAGGUGCCGGCCUGGGCACCUGCGACUCCAUCCCGAGGGACUCCAGGCAUUUUAACUGAGGUUCCAAAACUGUAACAAGGCAAAACUGUAGCUGUUAAUUCAGUUCUGCUGGGGGAGGGGAACGACUGAACCAAUCUUUCCUGCUUCAAAUUGUACCUGCUUCCUUGUUUAAUUUGGGGCUGGGUGGUUUUGGGGAAACACUGCCUAAGUGUCUGUAAAGUGAUUGACAUUCUAGCUUGCCUUGUUUGAAGGACAGGAACUGUAGCCCACUUACCAGGCUUGGUUUUACUAAUACCAUGAUGUACUAAAUUAGAUUCAUUCUGGAGGUAAAACUAGAUAUGAUGUAUUAUAAGUUGUAAUGCUCACAUGGAAGACUAAUAAAACCCCUGAAUCUAUUAA